GAAUGUUUGUUUUUGUACUUGCUCUUCCCACGAUUUUUCCUCCCGACUUGACUCUAGUUAGCAUAGUAUUUUACUAAUAAUUUUUAAAUUGAAUCAAACUAGGUGCCCACCUUCAGUGAGUGAUUGAGCAUUAAGUAAUCCGAACGAGUGAAGUGAAAACAAAAUAGUUUGAGGCAUUGAAUUGAAUUAUGCCCCACUUGCGACUAAAAAUAGAUUCAUAUUUGCUUGCACAUUGCAGAAUGGGAUUUUGUAGUUGUCGCGAAUUACAAACAACAAUGUAUGCUUGAAGUAAUACUAUCUUGGAGAUUGAAAGUCGUUUUAAACCCCAAAUUGUUGAUCCACCAACACAACCCAUCUCAAGUCCGUCUACAACGCUAGAGCUAAGUCUAGGAAAGGCCGCGAUAAACAUAUCUCCUCGCUCCGCGCAUUAUUCUUCGAGCGCCCGCGUGAUUCAGACUCGACCAAAGCAGCUCCCCACGGCUCGGCCCUUAUUCAAUCAAAGCUUGAUUUUUUUUGUUGGUUUUAAACCAUCGGGCACCCUAAUGUAAAACGACCUUCUUCUGAUUCGAGUAAACGAUUUGGUGAACAAAGCAGAUUCUACGGUUUGAUUAUCAUAUGUCAACCUUGAACUGGAGAAACUUUUUGAACCAAAGAUUCGAAGUUAUAUGUUGAUACAAAAUGUAAUGUGAUAAGUGUAAUUGUGGUGUAAAUCGUUAUUAAAUAGUUAGAUCCAACACAUUUGAGGCUGCAAUAGUUUACUAACCGGAGAAACAGAUCUUCACGACCGGAACGUGUUCCAUCAGCUGUUGUAUUCGUGAAAAGUGAAUAAGCUGAUAAGCGCGACGAAUUUCGCUGAUGCAUCAGUGUGACACAUGAUAUAUUGGAUGAUGGUCCAAAAGAUAUGCUUCCGCCACUCGGAGACAUUGUAGACGCAAACGAGAUAUACAUGCUCAGUCAUUGGGAGCAAUUGGAGGUGCUGCAGCUGGAGAUAGUGACAAGCACGGGUACAGUGUCUACGUGACUAGAAGUGGACGUUGUUCAUUUUGAAGUUUGAAGAUACGCCACGGUCUGAACUUUCGGAAUCAGGCAUCAGGAUGACUGCUGAACCAGCUCAACUCCGACCUCCAGACGGCGGCUGGGGAUGGAUGGUUGUAUUCGCCUACGGAAUGGCCAAUAUCAUGAUCGUUCCAGUGCUCCAAAGCUUCGGUUUGAUCUUCAAGGACACCUUCAAGCAGAUCAACAUAUCCGCCACGGAUGCAUCGCUCAUCAUCAACCUGGCCUCGGCGGUCGGAAUGACCUUUGGUCUGUUCAACGGUCCUUUGCUACGUAACUUCGGUUUCCGCAAGGUGGCCACCCUUGGUGGAUGUAUGUUCUCAAUCGGUCUCAUGUUUACCUCCAGUGCCGAGACGUUCUUCCACUUCAUCCUCACCUAUAGCAUCAUGGCAUCAUUGGGUAUGGGAUUUUGCAAUUCAUCAUUUUCGUUGGCUCUGAAUACGUACUUCGUAAUGCGGAGAAACAAGGCAGCAGGAAUAGCGAUGACCAUUACCGGAUUGGGGCCGAUUGUGCUGCCUCAGUUGGUAUCGUUUCUGGUAUUUCAGUACGGAUCCCGGAGUUGUUUGCUCAUCAUUGGAGCCCUGGCAACUCACAUCGUGGCAGCAGCGUUACUUUUACAGCCAGUGAAGCGGCACAUGAUCCCGGCUGAGAUUAAAGAUGAUCAACCAACGACGCAGAAGGAAGAUAUUGACGAAAAAUACUCAGCUAUUGAUGCACCUCAGCGAAUCGACAGCAAAUGGGAGUUCGAGUCCGACAACGAAGAUGACUAUCUCGAAAAGCACUGCUACUUCGCCGAGCACGAUAUGGAUGCACAGAGCAUCUACGGAUUCGAGCAGACUUCGCAAAUACGCCGUCGUGAAUCGAUGGCCCCAGCACUGCUCCUGUCACGUACCAAAAGUGAAGUUCUUCAUCCCAUGCAGAGGCGACCUUCAAUCGCGGAAAUGUUGCUGCUCAAAACCUACUCGCAGAAUCUGGAGCCGCACAAACCAUCCGAGCAGAAGCGAUGGUUCCAGUCGGGUUCCACUGAAACAGUUAAUCUGGGAAGCUCGAUGAAAAUUUUCGACGAAAAAGAUCGAGAACGUCGAGGUUCUCUGGACAAUGGCUAUCCAAAGCGGAAAUUGUCUGCAGCUAGGUUCUCCCCUAGAACCAAACGUUGGUUCGAAAAGUCGGAAGAUUCUGUUCAUCUGGGCAGUUCAAUGAAGCUGUUCGAUGAACGCCACCCAUCAGCAUCUCGCAGAAGUUCGCAUGCAAGCGUCCGAGAGUUCGGUGUUCCCAUGCAUGUGAUUUCCCAUCCAAAACUUCCAGUUUUAAGCGAAAACCAAGAUCUCACGGAUGACAACCGGAUGCCGUCUAUCAUGCGGCAACUAGAAAACACGACGUCCCCAAAAUCAUCAGUGCAGAAAACGACUAAGUUCAAUAUCAGCAGCACCGACGGUAAAGGAGAAUCUAGUCAUUCAAACGUGGAAAAGCGUAGAAGUCUAUCGCAGAAAAUAGUCACUCUUUUUGAUCUCACUCUGCUGCGGGAUAGAAUAUACGUCAACAUGAUGCUGGGGAUGUCGAUCGCCGUAUUUGCCGAGAUCAACUUCUCCCUGUUGACACCGUUCAUCCUGAAUGAUCUUGGCUACGAGACGGAACAAAUUGCGUCAAUUAUGUCGACCCUGGCGGUUGCGGACUUGAUGUUCCGGUUCAUUUCUCCGUUCAUAGGAGAUUCCCUGAAGCUGACUCCUCGCGUCAUGUACAUGAUCGCCCUGAGCUUAUUGAUACUUACUAGGUUUAGUAUUCUAAUUGCACGCAACUACACCGAGAUGAUUGUGGUGGCCUUCUUUCUCGGGGUGGCCAAAGGAGUCCGCACGGUCUACAUGGGCCUGGUCAUACCGAGCUACAUCCCGCUGAAGCGUCUCCCGGCGGCCUCGAGCAUCCAGAUGAUGACGAACGGUAUCAUACUGAUGACGAUUGGUCCGCUGGUUGGACUGAUCCGGGACCUCUCAGGCAGCUACUCGAAAAGCAUUCUGUUCAUCAAUGCGUUCACGAUUGUGACACUGAUCAUGUGGGCCGUCGAGAUGAUCUACGUUCGGCGGAGGGCGGCCCAGAAGCAGCGAGAGGCGGCCGCACAAGAAGUGAUAUCCUGAUGGCAUGUGCCUCGGGGAAAGUUGUUGCCAGUGAGAAUAGAAAUAUACGUUUUAUUAUACUUUUC